GCCACUCUCCCCCCCUGUGCUUUCACAAGUGCACAAGCACGUAACCCGCGAGCCCCUGCCCGCGACGCCAUCGAAUAACAAAGCAUCCCGCCGUGUCGGGCAGACAACCUCACCGGUUUCACACCGCCAGUCAAUUCGUUGCCGUGACCCCCUUGAACGCCAGAUCCAGCCAGCCGCGACCGGUGCAAGUACCACCACAGCCACCAAUCGGCCGACCACUCUCGGCCCGCGACGCGCAAGGGAGGACUCGAAGGCGAGCACAGAGCUCACCCGAAUGGACCCCCGAACCACGAGCAGCCACUCCUCGUCCAGUAGCAGCGCCGCCGCAGCAGCAGCAGCGACAGGGUCACCUGCGAACGAUGAGGAGCCACCCAUCGAAUUGCCGGACCGUCCGUACCAGGCUGACGACAGUCCUCCAGCGGUAGCGCCUUCCGGGCUGACGUACGACGAGGAGAAGGCUCGCAAGAUUGCCAUCUACGACCUGAACAAGGCGCGCAAGCAGAAAUUCCGCGGUGCACUGCUCCUCUGGGUCGCGUUCCAAUCGACGGGUGUCAUCUACGGCGAGAUCGGCACCUCCCCGCUCUACGUCUUCUCCUCGACAUUCUCAUCACAGCCAUCAUGGGCAGACCUGACCGGUGCUCUGAGCAUCAUCAUAUGGUCGCUGACCCUGAUCGUGACCAUCAAAUAUGCCUUCAUCGUGCUCCGUGCCGACGAUGACGGACAAGGAGGCACCUUUGCCCUCUACAGCUUGCUGUCACGGUACACGCAGAUUGUAGAGAGCGACCCGCGCACCAGCGGGCUCAUCCAGAUGCGGCGAUGCCCGACGAAUGAGCUGCGCCCCGGCGCUCGCAGCGUGCGGCGGAUUCUCGAGAACAGCAGGGCGAUCCAGUUCUCGCUCAAGGUUGUGGGUGUCGUGGGUGUCUCGCUCGUCAUCGCCGAGACGGUGCUCAUGCCUGCACAGUCUGUUCUGGGCGCAAUUCAAGGCAUCAGAGUCGCGGAUCCAGACCUGGGGACUCCUGCGGUGGUUGGCAUAUCCUGCGCCCUCCUCAUCGUCCUCUUCCUCAUCCAGCCCUUUGGAACUUCGAAGCUUGGCACGACGUUUGCGCCCAUCGUAACGCUCUGGAUGCUCUUCAACCUCGGCUCAGGCAUCUACAAUCUCGCCGCCUACGACCACACUGUGCUCAAGGCCUUCAACCCUGCCUACGCCUUCAGCUACUUGGUCCGCAAUAAGUACGAAGGGUGGAAGUCCCUCGGCGGCCUUCUGCUCGCUUUCACCGGCGUGGAGGCGCUCUUCGCGGACCUGGGCGCUUUCAGCAUGACGGCCGUGCAGAUCUCGUGGCUGGCGCUGGCAUAUCCGUGCUUGCUGUUCACAUAUGCCGGCCAGGCGGCCUUCAUUGCCAUGGAUGAGACGGGCAAGGCGUUCACAAAUCCCUUCUUCUACACGGUCCCGCCGGGGACGUUUUACUUUGGCUUGGUUAUUGCCGUGCUUGCUGCCAUCGUGGCAUCGCAGGCCAUGAUUACGAGCACAUUCCAGCUCUUAUCACAGGUCAUGAAACUGUCCUACUUCCCACAUAUCAAGGUCGUCCACACGAGCGAGCGUUUCCAUGAGCAGGUCUAUAUGCCGCUUGCCAACUGGCUGCUCAUGGUCGGCACGGUGAUCGUGACGGCGGUGUACAACAACACGACCUCACUCGGCCAAGCCUACGGCGUAUGUGUAAUACUGGUGACUUUCAUAACGACAUGCCUCGUCGCUCUCGUCGCGAUCUUGGUCUGGCACGUCCCCAUCUUCAUUGUGCUGCCCAUCUUCCUCAUCUUUGCCGCGCUCGACGGUGCUUUUAUGACGGCCGUUUUGACCAAGGUGCCUGAUGGCGCCUGGUUCACGCUCGUGCUGGCCUUCCUGAUCUCGUCCAUAUUCAUCCUCUGGCGGUUCGGAAAAGAAGCCCAAUGGUCCGCCGAGAGCCUCGACCGCCUGGCCGCGACCGAUCUCUUCACCGCCUCAGACCCCAACUCGGCCACCAACACCGGCAGUGAAGCCCAAGCGACGGGCACGGAGGCCGGGACGACUUCAUCCGACAUGCGCCACCGCGGCAACCAGCCACCACACCAACAACAACAACAACAACCACACCUCGCGGCAGCCUUCGGCGGCCACCCCGUCUCGACAGUCCCUGGGCUGGGGAUCUUCUUCGACAAGAUCGGCGACCCGGCCGUGCUUCCCGUCAGUUUCGUCCACUUUGUCCGCAAGUUCGCCGCCCGCCCGACGGUGCUCAUCUUUUUCCACAUGCGCUCGCUCCCCGUGCCGUUUGUCGACCCGAGCGAGCGCUUCGUUGUCACGACUGCGCGAGCACUGCCUCCUACGGAUUCGUCCCCGGGAACAGAGUCCGUCAGCAGAGGACGACGGCUGAGCCGCGGGAACAGCAACAUGUUUACUGCCGCGGCGGCGGCAGCAGCAGUAGCAGCAGCAAGGGACGACACGCGCGACAGCGGAGUGGGCGGGCUCGGUAUUAUAUCACAGAACGAGGAGUAUGACCACGACCAGAUCACGAGUGCCGCGGCGGCGGCGUCUGCUGCUGCUGCGACAUCUGCGGCGACCACUGCGGCCUUGUUGCCAAAUUGCUACAACGUGGUCUUGCGCCACGGGUACGCGGACGAGCCCACGCCGCCCGGCUUGGCCGAGGAGCUGGUCGCGCAGGUUGAGCUGGUGGUCGCGCGGUCGGCGCAGUCCGAGGAUGCUGCGGUCCGCGCGCUCGAGGCGCUGCGUGAGGCAUGUCGGAGCCAGACGGUAUACGUGCUCGGCAAGGAGACACUGCGGAUUCGCAGGCCUGGCGGGAGCAGCGGCUGCGGCACGUCGAGCAGCAUGAUGAUGCUUGGCGGGAAGAGGAUGAGUGCGGGGAGCGUCGGCCUGGAUGUGGUGGAGCGGAGAGGCAGCGUGCAGAAGACGAUACGCGAGUGGUCCCCCUGGAGUAUCGGGAGGAGGAUCCUGCUCGGCGCGUUCUUGUGGAUCAGGGAGAACUCGAGGAAUAAGCUGGCCGAGGUGAAUAUCGACGUGGACAGUGUGGUUGAGGUCGGCUUCCUCAAGGAGAUCUCAUGAGAUUGUUAGUAGCUGUUGACCUAGUUGCGUGCCAUUGGCGAGCAAGAACGUUUGUCUUCAGAACUGGGGUCUCCUGACCUUCUACAGGUCAACAAUUUCGCACCUCUUCUGCCAUUCAGGGUGAUAGGUGUGACUGUGUAAAGACUUGUGUCCCUUAAUUCUGCCCUUAUCUGGAAGAGACAAGAACGAGUGGUUUGCGAGGGAUCAUAUGAUUUUACCCCUGUGAUGCACGCCACGUGCAGCUUGCUAUUGCGCACUACCAACCCUGAUUCCAG